AUUUAUUUGCAAUUUUUAAACUUACUUUUGUAGUUCUUCAGCAGAGCAUGUUCCUGUCAACUGUAUCAAUUAAAAAGGGGGAAAACAAGUUUUAAAAUAGAAUAGAUCAAUCAUAAUUAAAUAAUUACAUAAUCAUAAAUCAUAAUUACUUAAAAUAUGUUGUUUUUAUCUAAUCUAUUGUAAAAUAAAUAACAAAUGAACAGACUUAUUUUCGUUUUAUUGUGCCAAGGACGUUUAUUGAACUUUAAAGCCACGUGCACUAUCACAUGUUGAUAUGGCGCUCGGGCGCCCCCUACCGCACGGGAACUGCACUGCACGUGAUCAGUUUCACUUUCUUUACGCUGCUUAUAAAGAAUGACGACCUUCUAACGUUUACGAGAGAAGACUAGAACGAGCGUGGAGCGUUUGUAAGAUGGCAGAGCCAGGCAGAACCAUCAGGGUGAGCGGUCUCCCCACAGACAUUGAACAUAAAAGGCUGAAAGACAAGUUAUUCAUCCACUUUCUAAGAGAGAGGAAUGGAGGAGGGGAGAUAGACUCCAUCGUCAUAGACAGAGUUGGAUCUGCCCUCAUUACAUUUGAGGACAGUGGAGUGGCACAAAGAAUUAUUCAGCGCAGACGGCACACUCUUGAAGUGGAUGAGAAGAGGUACAAACUUGCUGCAAUAGAGCAUCAAGAACGUUUGGACCCAGACCAGGUCAUCUUGAACCUUACUGCCACUGUCGACUGUCGCCUUCUUCCUGGGGGAGUCACGGCUCUAUUCAGACUCUCUAAGAGUCAUGAUGUCCGGACCAACUUCACUUCAACCCAAGAUUGCUGGACACUGCAAGGCUCCUACUCGGCGAUGCAGGCGGCCUUAGCUCAACUGCUUGUACCUCCUGGUGGUCAAGAGUCAGCAGAUAAAAAUGCUUCAGAUUCGUCUGCGCCAAGCAGUUCUCGCUCCGUUCAGACAUCCCAGAUGACUCACACUAAAGUCUCUGAAGAAGAACUUGUUGAGCAAAGAGAAAAGCAUCACAAUGGGAAGACAAUCUCUGAAGAUGAACUUGUUAAGCAAAGAGGAAAUCCUCUCAACAGGAAGACAUCAGAUGAGCACAACUCCAGCUCAAGCAGAAACGCAGUAUCUGCAGACAAGGACAUAAACCAGAACAGCAAACCCGACAGUCCUCCGUCCACAUCUGCCGAGGAGUUCACUCUUAUCAUGGAUGCAGACAUGUUUCAGUAUCUCCACAAACUCUGCAGGCAGGAGUAUCAGGACAUCCUGGAUCGGUAUAACAUUGAGGCUGUAGAUGUGACAAGGCAAGGCUUGACCACGCUGCUUCUCAAAGCUACACAGAGAGAGAAGGGUGGAGAGCUGGAGCGGAUGAGACGAGCAAAACAGGCUAUAGGGCAGCUUUAUCUGGAGAAUGAGCGUAAGAUCUGCCGAGGAGAGCUCUCCAAGCGGUUCCUGGUUACCAUAGGAGACCUACAAAAGGUCAUCAAGUGUUUAAGCUCCAAAUAUCCCAAACUUCUUCUGAAGGAGGAUGAGCAAAACGUCUACAUCAUCGGGAGCAGCAGUGAUGUGUCUGCGGCAAAGCUCUUGCUUCUGAGACUAGCGAAAGACGGCAUCAAAGUGGAACAAGUUUCAAGUUACCCGUCCCCUAAGGAUCCAGUUUCACGUUGUUUGGUUGAAGACCGAAGCCCUGUCAUCGCUACGUCAGCUGAACGAUUUAACGAUAAACGACUGAAGCUGACGUUGAGAUCAUCAGGGAGUGACAGGAAAAGUGGGGGAUCGAAAACGUAUAAACUAGCCGCUAGAUUCAAAGACUCAGGGAUGACUGGUUUAGGAGAUCGCCCACUAGACUUCACCACCCGAGGCAGCUUACUGACCAGCAAACAAGCACAGAUCAGGUCUUCGGCAGAUGUAGAAACACCAGCUAUCUCAGGCAAAGAAUUCCCCAGCGUUUUACCACAGAACACCGGCGAAGACAUCCUUUUCAACAGUAGAGAUAGAGCAUCUCCUUUCAUGGCGAACACAUCAUCGCCAGUGGAUUCUCAACACCAGCUUAGCCCUCGUCUGUCCAGUCUAUCGGGAGGCUCUGCACCAUCACCUCCUGGGUCUGGACAAUCACUGAAGCGAGCCAACAGUUUUUCAGGAACCCCUCUGGAGAAGUCUCCAAAAAGUCCCGAGGAUUCUAGUAAGCUGACAGUCAGAGGGAGGUCUUCCAGCUUCGGUGGUAAAACAGCAAAAUCAAAGCAGCAAGCCCACAGUGAGGAGAUUUCAGACAUUUCUCAGGUGAUGUGGCUACACAUUGAAGAUGCGUACAGGUAUCGGGUGGAGGACUUGACCUCUGAUCUCCAAAUGACAAAGCGCACCUCUCCGGAUGGUAGGAAUCUGACUCUAAUAUUAAGAGGAGCAGAUUUAUCUAAAGUCAUGUUAUGUAAGCAACGUUUGCAAAAGUUGGUGGACUCGGUUCGCUCAGAUUUCUCUGUAAAUAGAAUCGAAAUGUCAGAUCUGGCCGUCUCUGACAUGGCGGAUGAAAACCUACAAGCUUGUUUAUCUGAGAUAAAGAAUUUCUUCAAGAAGGUUUCCGUCCACAAUCUGGACAAAUGUGUCAUUCUUCUUGGUCCAAAAGAGAUGUGCAAUCAAAUUCAAGCCAAACUAUUAGAAGUGUUUAAAAGAGAUCCUGGACAACACCACUACUCAAACCCCUCUUUACAAAUGAAUGUAGGUCCAAGCAAUAGUCUUCACUAUCGCCACAAUUCCCAACGUAUGCUAGAGACUCAAAGUGCCAAAGCUAAUCGGACCGAUGAUAGUCUGCAAUGGAAAACAACCUACAGUAGUGACUUUAGCAAGAAGGAGCUUACAAAUGGAUCCCUCCAUCCACCCCCAGUGACAAAGGAAUCCAUUUCCAGGGACAAAGUGAGCUCUCCAUCUCUAGCAGAGGUACAUGGAAGCAAGAGACAUGGGAAUGUCUCUGCAACAAGUAGUGUUCCCUUUGCAGGCUUUGUCAAUGGUAUAGCCCCAAGAGUAGGUGAGAAAGGAAGAACUGGAGGUGUUACCCCGCGGAUCGGUUCAGGAUUGAGACUUGCAGAGAUGGAGAACUCUCCAGACCAAUCUAGUUCUAGACAGAAGAACCCAGUGGGCUCUUGUGUCUGUGGGGAGAACAUGGAGUCAUUGGUAAGAACUCCAGGUGGGCUCAUCGUGUGCCAAAAGUGUUUGGCAAAAUAUCACACCAAAAGCAGCGUUUGUCCAAAGACGAACCCGACACCCCGAGGAAUCAAGGGCCAAAUGGAGAUGUCCAAUCUGAACAUGGCGCUACCAGGUUUCCACCAGUAUGACUGUAUGGAAGUUUGAAAACAAAGUCAGUGAGACAAAGACGGCUUGUGACGAAGAAUCAGAUGAGUACAUUUUUAUUUUACUUUAACUUCCUGGUGUUGUUUUAUAGUUAUGGAAGACCCACUCCGAGGAAAAUUGUGUUUUUUGUGGCAUUUUUCUCACAGUGGUGGACAUUAUUUAGAAAAGUCAUCUUAAAAUUGCAUUUCUGAGUAUGUUUUUAUUUGAAUUGUAAUGGGACGAAAAAAUGUAGUUUGCAAAAGAUCGUAUUUGCUCUAUAGAAACUACGUCCACAAGCUUCCUGCUCCGCUACACUCAUAGAGAAGUAGAUCCAUGUACGUCUUCGUUUUUUAUCUUGUCCGACCUGGUAUCUGGCUCAAAACUGUACAACCGGAUAAUUCCAAUAUUGCUUAAGAGUUUUGUUGCACCAGUAAUGUUAGGUUGGGGGUUGUUAGGGGCUACAAGCUAACUGGAGUGGAUGUAAACAGAGAGCUCUCAGGAACGGGACAGGGAUUGCUCCACAUUAAUGGUUCCACCCACAAUUUCUAAUGAACUAUUGGCAUUUUUUAAAAAUGUGUCAAAAAAUUACCGUUCAAAGUAGACACUUUUAAAAUAGAUCAAAAGAUGAUUGGAGCGGCACUUUGAAUGAUUUCCUUUUGGGAGUGUUUUUGUUCAUUGAGCUUUACCAGUUUAAAUGACUUUGGUUUGGACUUAAACUGGACUCUGACAUGUGGUCUGGUAAUCAUUGUCCCGUCUGUUUUCUGUUCUUAUUAUUAUGCCUUUGCUGAACAUUUCACUUAAACUCAACCUUCAGAUUUGAGCUCUAACAAACAACAACAAUCAGACAAACUUGUAUUAUCCUGUUAAACCAAUAUAGGAUCUUAUUGAUAUUUUUAGGAUGUGAAGUGAACUCUUUGAUGCAGAAUGGAGCAUUUUUUAAAGGAGAAUUGAAGCUAUUACAUUUCCAUUUUGUAGCCUUUCUUACCACUGAUGACUGAGGCAGAGCUACACAUCCACAACUUUAUGUUUGACAACAAACAAAUAAAGCUGCUUUGUCAUUAUGUUAUUAAAAAGAAGAAUAGUUGAUGUUCUUGUAUUGUGGGAAUAAAUCAAAGCUCUGUUUCAGCUAAAAAACUCCACUUUAUAUAAACUGUAAAAUCAUAGUAUUACAAGUUUUGUAAUUUUGUGGAUCAAAAAACUUCCUUCAGUAAAUAUAUAUAUAUAAUACGUAACAUUUAUCUUAGUGUAACAAUCUUAAAUGUGACAAUAACGGAAUAAAAAAACAACCAUUUUAACCCUAGAGGAUUACAUUUUCAUGGUUUUGUUAGUUUAUUUUCUUAAAUUUUCAUUGUUUUUUAAUUUUUUUAAACCCCUUUAUGCCAUAUGUUUCUAAUUUUCAACUAUUCAAUUAAAUUCCACUGAAUUUAGCAUUCCCUUUAACGGAAAAAAAACACCAAAGAAUAUUUUUAUAAAAUGUAAAUAAAGUCAGGCAUGAAGAGGAUUUUUUUUUCAAUUUUUUUGGUGCUGAUAGUCAAAAUGAACAAAGCAAAAUAAACUUCAAAAGCCCAAAAAUAGAUUGUGGUGUCAGUUUUUGCAUUUUUCUUCUAUCUAAAAUGCUGUUUCCUCUUAUCAGGAGGGUCAUCCAUCUCCUGGAAAACCAUUUAGGGGAGGAACGUUUGACGCCUUCUUCCCGGACUGCGAUGCGGUGUACAAGCUGCUUCCCAGGCUGGAGAAAGCCUUCCAGAGGGGACUCACCUUUACUGUGAGAAGCAAUGGA